CGUAAAUCUGACAACUAGCUGACAAAUCGAAUUUGUUCCAUGCAAAUCGGUAAUUCGAAACAAGCUACAUAGUAAAGAAAGAUUGUAAAGUUCAACUUAAUUCAAGUAAUAACUCUUGACUCUCGAAUCUCUUAAGUAUGGCUUAUUUAUUCUCCAAUAUAUGGAGAUGUCUAUGUGUGAGAAAUCGCGCUGCGCUCAACGUCGUACAAACUGCGUCGUAUCAUGCCAAUGUAAUUGAUCAUUACGAAAAUCCUCGCAAUGUUGGAUCACUAGAUAAGAAGGACAGAAAUGUAGGAACAGGUUUAGUAGGUGCUCCAGCUUGUGGCGAUGUUAUGAAAUUGCAGAUAAAAGUUGACGACGACGGUAAAAUCAUUGAUGCAAAAUUCAAAACGUUUGGAUGUGGUUCUGCAAUUGCUUCAAGUUCCCUGGCCACGGAAUGGGUUAAAGGCAAAACUGUGGAUGAGGCUUUAAAAUUAAAGAAUACAGACAUUGCUAAGGAACUUUCAUUGCCUCCUGUCAAGCUGCAUUGUUCUAUGCUUGCUGAGGAUGCUAUUAAGGCUGCACUCUCGGACUAUAGGAUCAAGCAACAAGAAGCUGAUAAAAAAUAAAUGCAAUAUGUAGUUUUAGAUAAUGUUUGGAACAGAUCUGUGAUUGUAAAGGGAAGUAUCUGGUUAUGAAAAAAAAUAAAGAAUAGUCUAAACAUUACAUGUUAACCACUUUGAAAAAUUUAUCUAUUGUCAUUAUGUGUUGUAUUAAUAGAAUCGGGAUAUAAUUAUUCCAAAGUGUAGAAUUCCCUUUCAUAGUAAUAUUAAUCAAUUGUUAUGUUAGAU